AUGCCAGUAUAUCCGGUCAUAUAUGGGCCUAAGGGCCAACUCACUGUCAUAGAUGGGUUUGUAGUUAAAUUAACCACGCAGAAGAACGAUGAGCGAAAUGGGAGCGAAACACAAGAUCCUGAUACAACCCAAAAGAUAAGGGCCUUACAGAGUGCAUUUCAGUGCGAAUCAUUGCGAAGAUUACAACAUGUGAGCUCAAACUUCGUUGUGACGAACAACAGCAUGCUUUUCGAAGUGGUGACGGAGAAGGAGUACAUCAUGUUUGUGAAUAGCAAGGGAAGAUUUUACUGCCGAAAGAUUCAUCAUAGUAAAGCUACACACGUUGCAAUAGCUAUACGAAUGACACGGAAGAGAGGCCAAAGAACUUCGAAAUAUGUGGUGUAUGGAAAGCCAUUAAAUAUUCACAGUAUAGAAACAUCUGUGUUAUUAAAACAGCAGGAGAAAGACUUGGAGAACUAUCGCAGAGAGAGCCCUGGAAAUUUGCCAACCCCUGAGAUCAAGCACGAGGAGGUUAAUUUCAAAAUCAAAGUGAUUACCGAAGAAGAGUUAAUGAAAUUGAGCAAGAUCUCCCCAACCGCAAUAGCCAAAGAGAGUUCACCUAGGUACGCAAACCAUGUACGAAAUUCGCUAGCUCAUUUCAAAGAAACCUUAUUCCAGUACUGCUUGCAAAGAAGCCUAAUCAAGCUGGAAAGGAUGAUAAAGGUUCUUCUUGAAUUUCCAAACCUUGCGCAGCACUCUACAAAAAUUACAACGUUACAUAAAGAGUGUCAAGUUUUAACUCAGCAUAAUGUGUCACUUGCGCAUGACAGACUAUUUGACUCCUGUUUUGGAAGCGCUACGAAUCAACCUAGUGGUUCAAUUAAGUCGUCGAGCCAUGGCACACCAGUGGACCGAUGCGAGAUACUACCCAAGCAUACGAUGACAUCAGAGCACCAGCUUGCACAGGACACUGGUGGCACAGGGCGAAGGGGAGCCGGGCGCCUCUCGGCAAAAAGAAGGGAGCCCAGACCUGUAACUAAACGGCGCAAAUCCCAUUUAGAGGACAGUUCCGAACUUUUAGCGGAUAGAAUGCAAGAGGUCUCUUCUAAGAACUUCAAUACGUCACAAGGUGAUAAAGGAGCAUCGAUUGAAGCGGACGACUUGCUGGUUAAGAUUCAGGAUCCUUUGUCGCACCACUGCCCUAAAAUAAAUUAUAGUCUUGCCGGUCAUGAUCUUGCCGUCUCUUCUAAGCCAAAGGCUCUUGAACAAAUAAGACUUUCUGCUAAAGGAGGAGAGCCUUCAACAGAACAGUUGAUCAGGCGAAUACAAAUAUUUUGUGGCUAUCCGGAGCAAAGACUGCUUUAUGUGGAAACUUUCGAUCUGUUAGUUAGAAAAGCUACCGCUUCUUUCGACAAGCGUUAG